GACAGUCGCCUGCCACUGUGCGGACAGCUGCCUGGCGGCCGCCUGGCUGCCUGCUGCCUUAGGCUUGACACUGCCGUGUCAGUGCCACUGGGAGGAUCUCCGCCUUGCUAAUAUUCUCAGAGUGCCGCUGGAAAAUAACCGCAGUUUUUUCUUUACCCCAUGCUGCUGCCGCCGGAUCGCGGCCACUCUUCAGGCGAAGUGCAGUUCAUUUUGACAGGCCUGGGUCGUCUCGUACGAGCUUAUUGACAAAGGCCCGUGGUAUAGCUUACGUGGCAACACAUGACGCCAUCAAAGUGGGUCGGUAGUGUAUUCAUGGGUGUGCUGAGCUAGUCCUGCUAGCAGGGCUGCAGUAACCUUGCGCCCUGCAGUAACCUGUGGCCCUGGAGCAAGAAUGGGCUGAGGGCCCCCACAGUUCAAGAUGUGUGUUAGUUAUAUAAGGGCAAGAAGAUGAUGGAAGAGAGUGGGAUCGAGACUACGCCUCCUGCCAGUCCUACACCACCUCUGACUGUGGCUGCCGCAGUUGGUGCCCCACCAAUUACCAUAGGUCUGUCCAGCCCUCCGUCUCUCCCUGGCAUCAGUUCCAUCUCCAUUGGUUCCCCCUCAGUCUCCACAAAUCUCCCCCCUGUUCCCUCCAUCCCUGCUUUCAGCAGCCCUUUGGCCACCCCCCCCCCCCAGUCCUCCCAGUUCCCCUCUCCCUUCACAAGCAGCUCUCCGUUUCCUCCUUCCACCCCCUCCUCUUUGCCUCCUCUGCCUCCCCCCAUUGGACCACCUCCUCCUUCUGCUCCCGGCAUGUCGGCCCCUCCCACAGGCCUGCCUGUAUCAAACUUCUCCAUGAGUGCAGGAUAUGACAUCACACGGGGUCACGCCGGUCGAACACCACAGACACCACUGAUGCCGACAUUUUCUAGUCCUGCUGCCAUGCCAGGUAUAGUGCCAAACCCCAUGGUUCAGCAGCCAUCCAUGACAGGAGGAUUAGAUACUGCGUCUCCCAUCACAUUCCCAGAGGAGCAGGAAGAUCCUAGAGUGCCUGGACACACCAAUGCUGGUGGAGGCAUCUGGGGCUUUUUUAAGGGAGUAGCAGGUAACCCUGUAGUAAAGACAGUCCUGGACAAAACCAAGCAUUCUGUUGAGUCCAUGAUCACCACUCUGGAUCCUGGCAUGGCUCCAUACAUCAAAUCUGGUGGGGACAUUGAUAUUGUGGUCACUUCAGAUAAGGAAAUAAAUGUGGAGGCAGUCAGAGACGCCUUCCAGGAAGUUUUUGGGAUGGCCAUUGUCACUGGAGAGCCCGGUCAGUCUAACAUUGCCCCCCAACCUGUGGGCUAUGCAGCGGGUCUCAAGGGGGCUCAGGAACGUAUUGACAGCCUUCGUCGAGCUAAUGUGAUUCAUGAGAAGCAGCCAGUGGUCUCUUUGGAAAACUUCAUUGCUGAGCUCUUUCCUGACAAGUGGUUUGACAUUGGCUGUUUGAUCCUGGAGGACCCUGGUCAUAACAUCCGCAUUGAGGUCUUCACUCAGGCAACCCCUGUGGCUCUAGAGCACAUCCAGCAGGCUCAGUCCCUGACCCCUCCAGACUACAACCUGCGCUGGUCAGGUCUGAUUGUUACAGUGGGUGAGGUCCUGGAGCGCAGCCUGCCCAACAUCAACAGUACAGACUGGCAUCAGACCAUGACGGGCAUGACCCUUCGCCAGAUGAUCCAGAGUGCUGCCAAAGCUCUUGCUGGAAUCUACAAACAGCAGCUGCCACCCAGAACUGUGUGAGACUGAAUAGCUCCAGUUUCUGUCACAUACUGGGAGGAGAUGCUGGAGGAAAAAGUAGCUGAUGGAACAGCAAAGCUCCUUGUAUCUCUCCAUCCAUUCUCAUCUGUCCUUCCGCUGCAAAGCCAAAUGCACAUUUCUUUUAAAGUUCUUGAUGUAUUUGCUCACAAAUGUUGGCAGGGUUUUACUGAGAGGCCAUUAGAUAUCAAAUCAUUACUUGUCCACUCAGGCUUUAAAGAAGACUUAACCAUUAACUAAUGAUCUCAUCAUCCUCAUUUAGAUAUUAUUAAACAUUGUGUAUAUUAGUAUCAGCAACCUUAGCACAUAUUGUGGCAUUAUUUUGUUGUCUUGUUCUGUUAAUGAAUGUUUAUGGUUAUCAUAGAGACUAUUACAUGGAGUAUGUCUCAGCCGUUUUCCAUAUACUCACACAUUCAAAACUUUAUACUUGAACUUUUCUUACUUAAAAUUAUACUUUGCCAACUUUUAGCCAGGUCUGUGUCACCAUGAUGUUAAGAGUUUGUGCCCUAGCCACCUGUUUCUGGAGCUCCCCGCCGCCCACCAGCCAAAAUUGCAAAACAGUGAAUGAAGUAAAAGGCGUCACUGAUGAAGCAAAAUAAAGCAUUUCCAGGUGCUGGUGAUGUGGGGGGAAGCUAAACACCGUUCAUUUUCACACAUUUUCCACACUGCGUUGACACAAACAUGGUUGAAAAAAAUGUCCCUUAAAAGGAGUCCUAAUUCAAAUGCUGUAGACCCAGACAGACUCAAACAGAGAGAGAGAACACCAAAUUGAACCUGAAGGUAUAGAAAAAACCCUGACUCACUGAGAAUUCAUUUAAUGUGGACCUGGCCCGGGGUUGCGCCUUGGAUAUUAGCAACUGAGUGGACCUGUGAAGUCCUCCACUUUAUACUGCAGCACUGUAAAUUCUACUUUGUUCUAAAGUUGGCAGUGUAUUAUUGUGGCAGUUAGUAUUCAAGAAACUAGUAUACUGUUUUGUAGUAACAGGAAAUGAUACAAGGUAUGUGCUAGUAUCCUGAUGCUACUGCCACUUUCACAUUACUCUUCCUUAUAUAGCUGGUAAAAAGAAACGCCUUUUAAGAUUUUUAUUUUGUGUGUAUAUUUUUGUUUUCUGAGCUGUUUCCAUCCACCAUUCACCUUUUACUGUUUUUUUCUUACUGUAAAUAAAUAACGACGAAAAGUUCCUGAACCGCAGCUAAAUUAACUUUGUAGGAGGCGCUGGGGUUAAAAUGACCAUCUGAUAACUCACCAUUCCUACCCCUCUCUAUGCAUUAAUGGCAUCCCUUUGCUUCUUGCUUAUGCCAGAUUUAUGUAAUAAUUUGUUGUGUUAAGUGCAAAAUUACAGUUUUUUAAAUUACCAUAAAUCUUUUGCCACACAUUGAACCUGGUGCCUCAGAGGGGGCCCUGGGGGUCAGGGGCCCUGAGCAGCUUCUAAAGCACUGACUCAGAAUUAAGUAGUUGUGCUAAAAAAAAAAGAUAGUUUAUCGUAUUGAAGCAUUCGAUUCAGUCAAAAUGACCUCAGCAGGACGGCUCUUGAUAUUGUAUUGUAUGAAAGACUGAUGAAACAGUGUGUGAGAAUAAUAGUACCCACUCACAUUAAGAUUUUGUUCAGUGAAGGUUAAAUGAUAAAAUGACAACCUGUAAACAUAUUCACCAGUUGUGCUCCACUAUGGCAGACUGAUAAUCAAAGCCUUUGUUCAAAGCAAGCAUGACACCUCUGACCUCAUGUCUGCAUACUGCUCUGUCUGUGUAUACUUAGGGUUGCAGCAAUAUACCGGUUUUUAGGUUUUCUGUAAUAUAAAAUUUGACUGUUAUCAUACUUUUUGCUUUGCCACGAUAUUGGGAAAAAAUGCAACUGGACAUUAAAUCUCUCCUUAAUUUUUAGUUAUAUUCAAAUGGAAUACUUUUUACACAUAUUCCCAUUAAGAAAGUGGUUCCAAGUUUCAAAUAAAGUAAUAAAACAUUUGUUCAACCAAAAAUAA